AUGCGGUUGCUUCCCGAGUUUUGCUGGCCGGGCUUCGACUAUCAUCCUGUCACCGAGGAUGGUGUAAGCAGCAAACAUUCGAGGAAGCCUUAUCAGCAGUGCCCCCAAAUUUUUGGCCUUCUUGCCUGUGUUGCAGCUUUGCUAUCUAUUGGCUUCUAUGCAGGCAGAACUACAGUUGCGAGAGGUCAAGAUGAUAUCAGUGGCUAUCUUGCGCCAUACGGAGAUACCCAAGAGAUUUGGCAUAAUAACUUGACCUUUUCAUCGUAUCCCUCGCCAGCAUCCGAAGCGGCAUGGGCGUCAUUAAUUCCAGUUGGACGAGGCUUUGUCUUCAACCCAAGCUUAUCAGCAACCAAUGACAGUUUAGCGGUGUUCCAUCAACUUCACUGUCUCCACGGGUUAAGAGUUGCAUAUUAUGGCAUGAAGCACCAGCUGGAAGUCACAAAUGAAGGAGCAUCUCCAGAUCCUUAUAUCAUGGAGAAAGCAGAAGAAGUAAAUCUGGGCCACAUCCGACACUGUUUCGAUUAUUUGAGAAGAGCCAUCAUGUGUGCUGCGGAUACUAAUCUGGAGCCUCUGGGUCCAAAGACAGAAGCCACGAAUGGUUGGGGGUCAUCAAGGACUUGUCGGGAUUUUGAGAGGGUGAAAAAAUACGCAGAGGAUCACGGGAUCAAGAGCUAUGCUGGAAUUGAGUUCCGGACCUUGAUGCCAUGUACUUUACGCGGUGAUUUGGAGUUCUGCUCAUGUGGAUCGGAUCAUGGUCUCAUUAUCCCAAGAUCCAAAGUCGAUGAUGAAAAACUGAACAACUCGGAAACUUGGUAUUUCAAGCACAGUCUUCCCCGCACACGCCUUCGGAUUCCUCCCGGUUGUAUCGUCAUGAAGUUCGGGGAGCAGCUGCGUUCGAGCGUGAUCAAGGAAUACCAAUGGUACUACAUUGCCUACGACGAAUUGAAGGAAUUGAUGAAGAAGGAUUAUGUGACGAAGCCCACGAAACAAAACCCGAAACCAAAGAGACAGGAAUGGACCGAGGCGGACGAAAGCAAGUUCAUUGCGCGGAUUGAACUGGAACUGGACAAGGUCUACUCAAAGCAAAAGCUCAAGGUUAUCGAGAUUUCGCGGCGGAUUCAGAGCACAGAGCGCGAGGUAAACGAUAUCGUUGCGAGACUGGACAGCCGUGGCCCAGUGGGCAGAGAUGGGACCAAUGCAAACGAAGAUGAUGCCCCAACCGAGGAGGAGUUCAUGAUGUUGGAGGAGGACCUGAACGAAAUCACUGCGGACGUCAACGACUUGGCCAAGUUCGUGCAGCUGAACUAUACGGGAUUUCAGAAGAUUAUCAAGAAGCACGAUAAACAAACGCAAUGGAUCUUGAAACCUGUUUUUGCGACCCGUUUAAAGGCCAAGCCGUUCUUCAAGGACAAUUACGAUUCGGAUAUUGUGAAGCUGUCAAAGUUGUGGGACAUUGUACGCACGCGAGGAAAUCCAGUAAAGGGAGACAGCGCGGCUGGUGGAACACAAGGAAGCUUCAUUCGCCAAACCACGAAAUACUGGAUCCACCCAGACAAUGUCACUGAAGUGAAGCUCAUAAUCAUGAAGCAUCUGCCAGUCCUGGUAUUCAACACGAACAAAGAGUUUGAUGCGAAAGACUCCGCCAUCACCUCCAUCUACUACGAUAACCCCGAGAAGUUUGAUCUUUAUGAAGGACGACUCAAGAAAACCGAAGGCGCAGAAGCUAUACGAUUAAGAUGGUAUGGAGGAAUGGAUACAGAGACCAUCUUCGUUGAACGAAAGACCCACCGAGAAGAUUGGACAGGAGAAAAAUCGGUCAAGGCACGGUUCGCAAUGAAAGAGAAAUUCGUCAACUCGUACAUGAAAGGGGACCUGCUUCCGGAAGCGAUCUUUGAAAAGGCACGGAAAGAUGGCAAGAAGCCUGCCAAAGUUAUAGAUGAAGACGAGAGACUAGCCAAGGAAGUUCAGUAUUCAGUUUUAAAGCACGGCUAUGUCCCACUUUGUCGCUCAUUCUACAACCGCACCGCCUUCCAGUUACCAGCAGACGCACGUGUGCGUAUCUCUCUGGAUACCGAGCUUACGAUGGUUCGUGAAGACAAUUUGGACGGGCGGGACAGAGCAGGUAAAAACUGGAGGCGAAUGGAUAUAGGAAUUGAUUUUCCAUUUUCACAGCUACCGCCUGAAGACGUAGAGCGAUUCCCUUAUGCUAUUCUGGAAGUCAAACUUCAGACUCAAGCCGGACAGGAACCACCGUCCUGGGUCCGUGAAUUAAUCGCGAGUCAUUUGGUGGAAGCGGUACCUAAAUUCUCUAAAUUUAUCCAUGGAACAGCAACACUCUUUCCAACCCGGAUCGACCUUUUGCCAUUCUGGAUGCCACAAAUGGAUGUUGAUAUUCGAAAACCCGCAACCCAGAAUUUUGGCAUUCACCGACCGGGCCAUUCGAAUCAAAGUUCUACCAGCGAUGACGACGAAGAUGAUGAUUCUGAUGAUGAAUACGGAGAGUCGCGGGUUACGCCGACACCAGGGAAUGGAUCGAACGAGAGCGUUGAUCGCUUACGCCAGACCCGAGAUUCGUUAGAAGACCGUGAUCUGGCUCAACGCGCGACUGGAAAUGCUCUAGAUAUUGAGGAACAGUUAAAUGCCUUGCCAACGGAAGAAUAUCCGUUAUACGAUUCGGAUCUUGAGGAUGAUGAAGCAGAUGCAAUUGAAGAGGCACGGCAGAUUGGGGGAUGGCCGUAUUAUUCCAAGCUGAUGAAGAAGCACGUUAGAGUGGCUGGGGAGCAUGUUGUCACAGCUCUACAUGCUAUCACCCCAAAGCCAGCGACGGUACCUUUGAGUGGCCAGCAAUCUCAGUUGGGAUCAAAUCAAAUUCAGUCGAAGAGGUUCAAGGCUCCGAAGGGUAAGAAGAUUCAUGUCCCUGUUCGUGUAGAGCCGAAAGUGUAUUUUGCCGCAGAAAGGACAUUUCUAUCAUGGCUCGAGUUUUCCAUAUACCUCAGCACCAUCGCAACCACCCUCCUAAAUUUCGGCUCGAAACCAACAAGGUUAUCUUUCCUUGCCGCAGGAUCAUUUUCCGUCGUCGCCAUUUUAGCAUUGUUCUACUCCGUCGUCAUAUACCUCUACCGAAGCCAGGCCAUCCGAACAAGGAAAGCGAUCAAAUACCAUGACGAGUUCGGACCAACUGCACUUUGUACAUGUUUGUUUAUAGCAGUUGCUCUGAAUAUGGGGUUUGAGUUGAGGGAUCGAGGAUAUAUAUGA